GUAAUUUAAGCUCCACCCAUGGCACCUUCACUCAAGGAAGAUAUAAAUGACAAGGUCCACUCAGCUGUCAGACAAGGCUUUCCAAGCAAGAUGAAGCCCAACAUCAUCUUCGUACUUUCCCUGCUCCUCAUCUUGGAGAGGCAAGCAGCUGUGAUGGGACAAAAAGGUGGAUCAAAAGGCCAGCUACCAAGUGGAUCUUCCCAAUUUCCACAUAGACAAAAGAGCCAGCACUAUUCUGGACAAAAAGACAAACAACAUACUGAAUCCAAAGGCAGUUUUUCUAUUCAACACACAUAUCAUGUAGAUGCCAAUGAUCAUGACCGGACCCGAAAAAGUCAGCAAUAUUAUUCGAAUGCCCCACAUAAAACGACAAAAUCAGAACAACACCUACGUGGAAGUCAAGAACUGCUCAAUUAUAAACAAGAAAGCAGAGACAGUGCUAAACCAAAAGGUCAUUUUCAUCUGAUAGUUAUACAUCAUAAAGGAGGCGAAGUUCAUCAUGGGACACAAAAUCCUUCUCAAGAUCAGGGGAAUAGCCCAUCUGGAAAGGGAAUAUCCAGUCAAUAUUCAAACACAGAAGAAAGGCUACGGGUUCGUGGACUAAGUAAAGAACAAGCUUCAGCCUCUGGUGCACAAAAAGGUAGAACACAAGGUGGAUCCCAAACCAAUUAUGUUCUCCAAACUGAAGAGCUAGUAGCUAACAAACAACAACGUGAGACUCAAAAUUCUCAUCGAAAUAAAGGGCAUUACCAAAAUGUGGUUGAUGUGAGAGAGGAACAUUCAAGUAAACUACAAACUUCACUCCGUCCUGCACAUCAACACAGACUCCAACAUGGAUACAAAGACAUUUUUACUACCCAAGAUGAGCUCCUAGUAUAUAACAAGAAUCAACACCAGACAAAAAAUCUCAAUCAAGAUGAAGAGCAUGGCCGGAAGGCACAUAAAAUAUCAUACCAACCUUCAAGUACAGAAGAAAGACGACUCCACUAUGGAGAAAAUGGUGUCCAGAAAGAUGUAUCCCAAAGCAGUAGUUAUAGCCAAACUGAAGAGAAGGCACAUGGCAAGUCUCCAAAACAGAAAACAAUUCCCAGUCAAGAGCAAGAGCAUAGCCAAAAGGCAAAUAAAAUAUCAUACCAAUCUUCAAGUACAGAAGAAAGACGACUCCACUAUGGAGAAAAUGGUGUUCAGAAAGAUGUAUCCCAAAGCAGUAUUUAUAGCCAAACUGAGAACCGAAUAGCAGGCAAAUCUCAAAUCCAGGCACCAAAUCCUAAGCAACAGUCACGGCAUGGUGAAAAUGCAAACGGAGAGUCUGGCCAAUCUACAAAUAGAGAACAAGACCUACUCAGUCAUGAACAAAAAGUCAGGCACCAACAUGGAUCUCAUGGGGCACUGGAUAUUGUAUUUGUAGAACAUGAAGGUGACAGUAGUCAUCAUUUGGUACAACGUCAUAACUACGACAGAAAUCCAUUAUCUACAUAAACCUACCAUUCAGUAACCAUGUGAAAGGAUGGAUCAAUAUCAAGGUAUCACUUGACCUCAGUGAAUUCUGUGAUGUUUCUGAGAUGCACACUCCCAUGUAGUUUCAGAUUCUUGGUCCAUGGAUGACACCACCUGCCCGUGCUUCCUUGAAUUAGGCUUUCUCAACCUGAAGCCCCUUCAAACUUCCAAUAAAGAGAUCAUUUUCUGCUUCA